AUGUUGUCAGUCGAGCAGAUCACAAGGAUAGCCCUCAGGGAGAAUGACGGGCAGGCCCCGUCCGACGUCGAGGCGUACAUCGCGGCGGUGGAGGCCGCGCUGAGCAAGCCCGACGAGAUCCCUGCAUUCACACCGACCUCGCGCCCCCUCUCGGUCGUCCGCUUCCGCUGCCUCCUCCAGGACACGGGCUACCCCGCCGAGGUGUACCUCCCCGACGAGGCCCCGGCGGGGGAGCAGGUUGACUGGAGCAAGCUGCGCGAGCGCUGGGUCGGAUGGGCUGUCGAGGUACCUGGCGAGCAGCCGUGGUCAAAGCUCGGCAGCGACCUCUCCUCGCAACUCGCCUCGCUCGGCCUCGACGCCGCCCUCCCGCCCGUGAUCAAGGGCAAGUACCCCUUCGCGCAGGACAGCUACACGGGCGCCCUGCUCAAGAUCUACGACGACGCGUCGUUCCGCCCCGCGUCGGCGUACGACGUCGUCGGCAUCGUGAGCUCUGCGCCCGUGCCGACACCGUACUCGGGCGACGAGGACGCCGAGGCGCCGCUCGCGCCCGCGAUCCACGUCCUCACUACCCCCGUGCAGGCGUACCCGCCCGCACCUGGCCCCACGCCUGUGGGAGACAGCAGCGUGCGUGCCCGCCUCGUGUCGUACCUCGCCUCGGCGUUCUCCCCGCCCGACGAGGCGGCCGGCGAGCUGCUGCUGCUCACGCUCAUUGCGUCGCCGGCCACCCGGCCCGUGGGCCUCGCCCCGCUCGGCACGCUCAGCGUCAAUCUUCUCCGCCAGCCUGUGCCCUCUGCGAGCCUGCACGCCAUCCUGGCGUCCGUGUCCCCGACGUUCAUCGCGCUCAAGCUCACGCUCGAGCUGCUGCAUGCGCGCGCGUUCCGCCCGUCCUCGAGCGACGGCACGUCCCUUACCCCGGGCCUGUUGCAGCUCGCACCGGGAACGCUCCUCGCGCUCGACGAGAGCGGGCUCGGCGAGGGCGGCCAGCUGCGCGAGCUCGCAGUCAAGAAUGUGCAGGCGCUCGGCGAGGCCAUCGGCGAGCAGGUCGUCAAGUACGAGUAUCCGUUCAUGGACGGGCUCAAGAUGGAGACGGCGGUGCGCGCGGUCAUUGAGAGCGAGGGCAAGAGUUUGCUUCCUGCGGAUGUACAUGUGCCAGUCACGCUUGCGGCUGGCGCUGCGGUGGCCAGCGACGCUGACCUCGCGGAGUUCCGCGCGUACCUCGCGUACCACGGCUCCAGCGGGCAGGCGGCCAAGAUUGUCAUUCCCGACGAGGUCGGCACGGCGAUCCAGGAUGGGUUUGUCGAGGAGCGCAAGGCUGCCGGUGCGGGCAGUGUCGAGGCGGCAGAGGCACGUCUCCGGCGCCGUAUGAAGCUCGCGAGACUCGUCGCGCUCACCUACCCCGACGCCACGCUCGCGACCGAGCGCUGGGAGCAGACUGUCCGCCUCGACAACGAGGUCGACGCACGCCUCGCCAAGCGCGAGGAGGAGAGGAGAAAUACAAAGCUUGGCGCGCCGACUGCCAACGGCACAGCAGCAUCAACAUAG